AGAGUGUCACCCAGAUGGGGAUGAGGUUCACUUCUGAGUCUGGUUCCUCUCAAGGUUCCUCUUAUCAUCUCAGGGAGUUUUUCCUCACCGUCGCCUCAGACUUGCUCAUUAGGGAAUUUCUCUCUCUUUUGUUUACAUACUUCUGUAAAGUUACUUUGAGACAAUUUGACUUGUUAACAGUGCUACACAAACAAAUGGAUAUUUAAUUGAAAUUUAAUUGGAUAAGGGAUAAAAUGCUAAAUACUGUAAAUGUAAAUGUAAAUAAAAGCUUCUUGACUUGACUUGAUCUCCUACUGGAAAGGAUUCAUUCUGUUUUCCCUUCUGACUGAUGGACACCAGGAACUAGGUAAUAAAUAUGCUCAAGUGCAAAAGUUUGUGCCCCCCACGGGUGUGGAGUGGAGAGAACAUGAAUCAUGAUGGCACAGUGGGUCAGAGCCGAUCUGUAUACGGACUACCCCAAGAGUUUAGAGACACGUUAUCAUUAAAACCAGAACUGUUUAAUGUUUGGCUACUUUAUUUUGUUUCAGGGUGUGUAAUCAAACUGUUUUGCAAUCAGUUAUCGGUGAAUGUGUCCUGUUCUCCAAAAAUAAAAGUGUAAAAGAUUAAGCUGGUUUACAUUCCAGUUCAGACUGAACCCUGUGUGUGUAGUGUUUGUCCCGCGCAGGCUGCCGACGCUGCUGCAGUGUUUAAUUAGGGAUUGUCUCGGAUUAGGGGUGUGAGAACCUAAACCCAUUUAAUCCGUGUGUGUGUGUGUGUGUGUGUGUGUGUGUGUGUGUGUGUGUGUGUGUGUGUGUGUGUGUGUGUGUGGGCCUUUAGUUCAAACACUGAGCCCCAGAGACAAGACAGGACUCCAAGUGCAGUGACGGAGACAUGAGACAUGGAUAGUGAGGACGAGAAUGAGCAUGAGAUGUCUUUUGAGAAACGUGAGGAGAUUCAGGAGAAGGAGAAUGAAGCAGAGGAUGAGACAAGAGAGAAGGAUGAUGAGGAAGAUGAGGAGGAAGAGGAGGAGAGAGUAGACACAAGGGGACAGAAUGAGAAAAUGGAGGAUUGGAACGGGUUUCUUUUAGAUGGGGUUACAGAGAGGACCAGAGGUGACGAGGUGGUGGUGGACUGGAAGCCUGGUGACCCUGUGACACCUCAGUACGUCCUCACGCUUGCGGGAUACACACAGGAUUAUCUGUGCUCUCCAGAGGACAACAUCUACAACAUCCGCUUCUCCCGCUUCAAAAUCCGAGACUUGGAGAGAGGAUCCGUCAUCCUGGAUCUGAAACGACACUGUCCAACAGAAAUUAAAGAUGUAAUGGAAACAGAAGCAGGACGUUUUAUUCAGUAUCAUUUCACACCUUCAUUUCUGAAUCUGAGAGAAAUUGGAGCCACGCUUGAGUUUACAGUGGGCAGUAAAGCAGUGAACAGGUUCCGGCUCAUUGAGAGACACUAUUUCAGAGAGCUGCUGCUGAAGACCUUUGAUUUUGAGAUUGGUUUCUGCAUCCCGUACAGCAGAAACACCUGCGAGCACAUCUACAGCCUCCCAGACCUGGACACACACACCAUUGAAGAGAUGAUCGCCCAUCCGUUCGAGACACGCUCUGACAGUUUCUACUUCACUAACAAUAAGCUGAUUAUGCACCACAAAGCUGAGUACUCCUUCAGUGAGACACGUAACCACUGAUCAACUACCUGCUGAAAAAAAUCCUGUCAUGGAAAUGAAUGUUCCCAUACCAUAAGUCUGUACUGAAGGUCUUUCAUGUCUCACUCAAAAGUGUUACCUAGUUAAAAAGUCUAGUGUAUUGAUCAGUGUUUUAGAGUUUCUUCAGAAAGUAUUAACACAGAAUUAUCACAGAAGUCCUUUAGGUUUACUGAAAAACUAUUAAAAUAAAAAUAUAUUAUUAUAA